GCACAGCUUCCUGCCCCCCCCAGGGCUGAGCGGGGCGACAAGGGCGAGUGCCAGGCCGGCCACGAGACACAGCUUCUUGCCAGGGUCCUGGCAGCUUCCUCUUCCACAGGCACUUCCGUGUGGCCGGGGCCCCAGAGGCAGGAGCUGCUGCCCGUUGCCCAGGCCACCCUCCACCCCCAGGUCGGAGCCCUGCCCCCCUGGGGCCGGGCCAAGCCCAGAGGCUGGCUUGGGAUCCCAUGGGGGACUGGUAGGGCAAAGGUCUUGGGGGACAGAGGUGGCUGGGCCAGAGCCCUGGGGCUCCGGCCAUGAAGUCUCGGCAGAAAGGAAAGAAGAAGGGCAGCUCGAAGGAGCGGGUGUUUGGGUGUGACCUGCAGGAGCACCUGCAGCACUCAGGCCAGGAGGUGCCCCAGGUGCUAAGGAGCUGUGCAGAGUUUGUGGAGGAGUACGGAGUGGUGGAUGGGAUCUAUCGCCUCUCAGGGAUCUCCUCCAACAUCCAGAAGCUUCGGCAGGAGUUUGAGGCAGAGCGGAAGCCAGACCUGCGGCGAGAUGUUUACCUCCAGGACAUUCACUGUGUCUCCUCCCUGUGCAAGGCCUAUUUCAGAGAACUGCCAGACCCCCUACUCACUUACCGGCUCUACGACAAGUUUGCUGAGGCCGUGGCAGUGCAAUUGGAGCCUGAGCGCUUGGUCAAGAUCCUAGAAGUGCUUCGAGAACUCCCUGUCCCAAACUACAGGACCCUGGAGUUCCUCAUGCGGCACUUGGUGCACAUGGCCUCAUUCAGUGCCGAGACCAACAUGCACGCCCGCAACCUGGCCAUCGUGUGGGCCCCCAACCUGCUGAGGUCUAAGGACAUAGAGGCCUCAGGCUUCAAUGGGACAGCAGCCUUCAUGGAGGUGCGUGUGCAAUCCAUCGUCGUCGAGUUCAUCCUCACGCAUGUGAACCAGCUCUUUGGGGGCGCUGCCCUCUCUGGUGGUGAGGUGGAGAGUGCAUGGCGAUCACUUCCAGGGGCCCGGGCAUCAGGCAGCCCUGAGGACCUUAUGCCCAGGUCCCUGCCCUACCACCUGCCUAGUGUCCUGCAGGCUGGCGAUGGCCCCCCACAGAUGCGGCCCUACCACACUAUCAUUGAGAUUGCAGAGCACAAGAGGAAGGGGUCUUUGAAGGUCAGGAAGUGGAGAUCUAUCUUCAAUCUGGGUCGCUCUGGCCAUGAGACCAAGCGUAAACUUCUGCGGGGUGCUGAGGACAGGGAGGACAAAUCCGAUAAGGGGACUCUGCGGCCAGCCAAGAGCAUGGACUCACUGAGUGCUGCGGCUGGGGCUAGUGAUGAGCCAGAGGGGCUGGUGGGACCCAGCAGCCCUCGGCCAAGCCCGCUGCUGCCGGAGAGCUUGGAGAAUUACUCUGUGGAGGCAGCAGAAGGUGAACAGGAGCCUGAGGCAGAGGCACUGGGUUGCACGAACUCUGAGCCAGGCACACCACGAGCUGGGCGGUCAGCGAUCCGUGCUGGGGGCAGCAGCCGUGCAGAGCGCUGUGCUGGUGUCCACAUAUCAGAUCCCUACAAUGUCAACCUUCCACUACACAUCACCUCUAUCCUCAGUGUGCCCCCAAACAUCAUCUCGAACGUCUCCUUGGCCAGGCUCACUCGUGGCCUUGAGUGCCCCGCCCUACAGCCCCGGACAAGCCCUGCCUCUGGCCCUGGCCGUGGCCCCGGCCCCCCAGAUGAGAAGUCGGAGGCAAGUCCAGUCCCAGGUCCCCUGGCUGACUCAGGCCCAGCGGACGUGGCCCCUGCCCUGGAGGACUGCCUGUCCCAGGAGGUGCAGGAUUCCUUCUCCUUCCUAGAGGACUCAAGCAGCUCAGAGCCGGAGUGGGUGGGGGCGGAGGAUGGGGAGGUAGCCAAGGCAGGAGCAGCAGGAGCAGCCUUCUCCCCUGGGGAGGACGACCCUGGGAUGGGCUACCUGGAGGAGCUCCUGGGAGUUGGGCCUCAGGUGGAGGAGUUCUCCGUGGAGCCGCCCCUGGAUGACCUGUCUCUGGAUGAGGCGCAGUUUGUCCUGGCUCCCAGCUGCUGUUCCCUGGACUCUGUUGACCCGGGGCCCGAAGCAGAGGAAGAAAGUGGGGAGGAAGUCUUCCUGAGUGCCUAUGAUGACCUAAGUCCCCUUCUGGGGCCCAAAUCCCCAACCUGGGAGGGUCCAGGCAGUCUGGAAGAAGAGGUAGCAGCGUGUGAAAGACAGGAGGCUCUAGGAAAGGCUGAGGGAGAGCAGGCAUGCUGGGAAGUUGGAGAGGAUACAGAGGCUGAGCCUGGAAGCAGAUGGGAUAUCAGGGAGGAGGCUGAGGGGAGUCCAGAGAGUGAGGUGGAGGAUGGAGAGGCUGGUGAGAAAGAAGGGGAAGCUAGGGGAAGCCAAGAGAUGAUGGCCCACUUGAGAGAAGAGAGUGGGGAAGAGAAAGAGGCCAAGAGAGAGGAGUCCAAGGGUCAGUGGGAGGAUGAGAGUAUGGAAGAAGCUAAGAGUGUAGAGGAAGUAGGAGGAAGGCAAGGUAAAGACAAGGAGAAGGAAAGAAAGACUGAGAGAGAGGAAGAGGCUAAGGAAGGAGAGGAAGCCCAGGUAGAAGCUGGAAGGGACCCAGAGCACAGGGCCCGCGAAAACCAAGUUGCUGAGGAGAGCUGGGAAGUCGUCCACAAACAAGAAGCUGUCGGAGGCAGAGAGGAUGAGGUCAAGGGACAGAGCGGGGAUGGGGACCAAGAGGCAAGAGAAGACCAAGGAGAUGGUGAAGAUAGCAAGAGCCCGGACGCAGCAGCUGAAGGAGGAGUAGGGGAGGUGAGCAAGGAACGAGAGAGUGGGGAUGGAGAGGCUGAGGGAGACCAGAGGGCUGGAGGUGACCAUUUAGAAGAGGCCUCCCUCCCUGAAGGGUCACAUGUAGAGUCCCUGGAGGUUGAUAGUGCCAAAGAGGGCAAUGCCCAGUCCUCUGAGACAGAACAGGCAGUCCCACAGCCACCCCGGCCAGAAGAGAUGGAGCCUGAGGGGCAGCCCAGUCCAGAGGGCUGCAAUCUGUGCCCCUGUCCCUUUGGCUCAGCUGGAGGUGUGGGCAUGCGCCUGGCUUCCACCUUGGUUCAGGUCCAACAGGUCCGCUCUGUGCCUGUGGUGCCCCCCAAACCACAGUUCGCCAAGAUGCCCAGUGCAAUGUGUAGCAAGAUCCAUGUGGCACCUGCAAACCCAUGCCCGAGGCCUGGCCGGCUUGAUGGGACUCCUCGGGAAAGGGCUUGGGGGUCCCGAGCCUCCCGAUCCUCUUGGAGGAAUGGGGGCAGUCUUUCCUUUGAUGCUGCUGUGGCCCUGGCCCGGGACCGCCAGAGGACUGAGGCUCAGGGAAUUCGGCGGACCCAGACCUGUACUGGGAGUGAGGACUACAGCCUCAACCCCAGAACCUCCCCCUGUAGCAUGAUCCCUGCUCAUUCUCUUCGGCCCUUUAGCUGCCUGGAACUCCAAUCUGAAGGCACAGAAGGGUCUGGACCCCGGAGUCGGCUUAGUCUUCCCCCCAGAGAACCACAGCCCCCUGACCCCCUUACACCCCCCCAGCGCCGAUCCUAUGCAUUUGAAACACAGGCUAACCCUGGGAAAGGUGAGAGACUGUGAUUAGGACCAGAGCACUGGGCAAAGGGGACAGUAAGUUGUCUUGAAUCUCUGGGGUCCCUGACUAGCUGUCUCUUCUGCAGCCCGAGCAGCUAUAGUGCCCAACUCUAUAGGCUUUGGCCCUCCAGCUUCUCUUUUUGACUGUGGGAGGCACUGCCUUGGUUGGUUUACCUGAGCUUGUCUCAGACACAAAGCACUUAUCCCUUAGGAGAUUCCCAAGCAAGUCACCAAGAUCCUGUUCCCAGGGAGUGAGGUCAUUGGCCAAAGGGAACAAAGAGCAGGCAGAAAACUUAGAGGUUUCUCAAAGUGAAGAAAGAAGGGGGAACUCCAGCGAAGUUCCUGCCCUCCUCUGAGGCUGUGAACUUCUCUUCAUGCAAGCCCAGGGUGGAGGUGGGGAGGACAGGGCCAGGUCAGAGCCUAUUACACCCAAACAGUUCUAGAGCUUCCCAUCGUUGUUCUGCUCUUGGGCUCUUGGAUACCUCCUGACCCUCUUAGCUCCACACUAGGAGGAACAUGUCCAGAAAGCUCUUUGAAGCCCUCGGUGUUUGUUGGAGGGACUGACCCCCUUUCCAGCCCCGCCACUCUCUGCCUCUGGUCACAUUAAGGAUGAGAGGUCCUGUACAGAUCUCUCUGGCCUCUCCUUUUUCCUUUGGAAUAACUUCCUCCUAUUUCAGGGAAGGGAAAUGGAGUCACUAAGGCUCUGGGACUGCUUCUCCAGAUAGGCUGGGGCUACAGGUCCCAUUCUAGUAAGGGGUGAUGUCUCAGAAUAAAAGUUGUACUUUUACAUGUAAA